CCCCACCCCAACCGGUGUCAGUGCUGCUCCGCCGAAGUUCGCAGUUGAACUUGCUAUGCCUGCUGCGGAGAAACAGAGGGGAACAUACCGACGCCUUUAACUCUCGGGGACAGUGAUAUACAGUGACUCAGACUGCUGGAGCUGCUGCAGCGCAUAUUAGCGGAGGAUGUUUUCCUUAUCAAUGUCUGUCCAGCCACAGGUGACUCUACCUCUCAGUCACCUCAUCAACAUCCUUCACCCCCUGAAGAGCUCAGUGGGAAGCAGCAGCAGUGCCACCUGCACGUCGAGAAAGCAAAAGGAGCAUGCCCCGGAUGCAGAUCUGCACCGUACAGAGUACACGCUGUCCGCCGGGAACCUCCGGGAGCUCGGUUUGUCCGACCUUGGAAAGCAGCAGCUGGACGAGCUGGUGAGCCAGGUGUUGCCACGCUUGAGCCUGCAGGAGGCGCCCCCUCCGGCCUGGGGACAGUUGGCAUGGAGGACCUCGCACCUCUCCUCUCACUCCUUUUUCCACAACAAGCACGGCUUUUCGUUGGGCGCCUUGCCCCUGACGCCUCCUGUUUACUUAAACAAGCGCCCGUCUCCCCUUCAGACGGUCUGCACAGAGCUGAAACACUGGCCAGCCAUGUUUCAGAGCAGAGGCUUCAAAACUCUAAGGACCAAAACCAGGCGAGUGCAGUCGGCCUUCGAACGGCCUGCCGACUCCGAGACUUUCGCACCGUCUUUUAUCAAGGGUUUCCUGACGCGCGGUAAGGGGCUGGACGCCGAUAGCCUGGACGGUCUGGUGAGGAACAAGAACAUACCUGAUGGACAGCAGGAGGCGUUCAAGAGGGGCUUCGCUGAGGGUUUCCUCAAAGCUCAGGCGCUGACGCAGCGCACCCAAGACUCUCUGAGGAGAACUCGUCUGUUCCUGCUGGUCCUGCUUCUGGUCGGGCUCUACGGCAUCUCCAAGACUCCGUUCAUAUCUGUGCGCUUCCGAACAACAACAGGCCUGGACUCAGCCGUGGACCCGGUGCAGAUGAAAAACGUGACGUUCGAGCACGUGAAGGGCGUCGAGGAAGCCAAAAACGAGCUGCAGGAGGUGGUGGAGUUCCUGAAGAACCCGCAGAAGUUCACGGCCCUCGGAGGAAAGCUGCCAAAGGGCGUUCUGCUCGUUGGUCCUCCAGGGACAGGAAAGACUCUGCUGGCCCGAGCCGUGGCCGGAGAGGCCGACGUGCCGUUUUACUACGCCUCUGGUUCAGAGUUUGACGAAAUGUUUGUUGGCGUUGGAGCGAGUCGCAUCAGGAACCUUUUCAGAGAGGCUAAAGCUAACGCUCCGUGUGUGAUCUUCAUCGACGAACUGGACAGCGUGGGAGGGAAAAGGAUCGAGUCUCCUAUGCACCCUUACUCCAGACAGACCAUCAACCAGCUGCUUGCCGAGAUGGACGGGUUUAAACCUAAUGAGGGGGUGAUCAUUAUUGGAGCAACUAACUUCCCAGAGGCUCUGGAUAACGCGCUGAUCCGCCCGGGGCGUUUCGACAUGCAGGUGACCGUACCCAAACCAGACGUCAAGGGACGGAAGGAGAUUCUCAACUGGUACCUGAAGAAGAUCAAAGUAGAUCCAGCCAUUGAAGCCAAUGUUAUCGCCCGGGGAACAGUCGGAUUCUCUGGCGCCGAUCUGGAAAAUCUGGUGAACCAGGCCGCCUUGAAGGCAGCAGUCGAUGGCAAAGACAUGGUCACCAUGAAGGAGCUGGAGUUCGCUAAAGACAAAAUCCUCAUGGGCCCUGAGAGAAGGAGUGCAGAAAUAGACCAGAAGAACAAGCUCAUCACGGCGUACCACGAGUCUGGUCACGCCAUCGUAGCGUACUACACCAAAGACGCCAUGCCGAUUAACAAGGCCACCAUCAUGCCCAGAGGCCCGAGUCUGGGACACGUGUCCAUGCUUCCGGAGAACGACAGGUGGAGCGAGACUCGCUCUCAGCUUCUGGCACAGAUGGACGUCAGUAUGGGCGGCCGUGUGGCAGAGGAGAUUAUUUUUGGCCACGAAAACAUCACAACAGGCGCAUCGAACGACUUCGAUAGCGCUACCAGGAUUGCUAAGAUGAUGGUGACCAGAUACGGGAUGUGCGAGAAGUUAGGCGUGAUGACCUACUCCGACCUGACAGCCCAAAGUCCGGAGACACAAGCUGCUGUGGAGCAAGAAGUCAGGAUUCUGCUGAAGGACUCCUAUGAGCGUGCCAAAUCCCUGCUGAAGUCUCACGCCAAGGAGCACAAGAACCUGGCCGACGCUCUGCUCAUGUACGAGACGCUGGACGCCAAAGAGAUUCAGCUGGUGCUGGAGGGCAAAACGCUGGAGACCAGAUAAAACCAGCAGGAACACAGCCGGGGAAUGAACGGGGGCGGGAGGGAUGGGUCAAUUUUAAAGAGAAUUAAAUCAGAGGCAU